GCCACAUGACCUUCCUCAAGUUCCCGAAAGACUCCAAAAUGGGCCACUCUGUAGGAACCCAAGACUGUUUUCAUCAGAUUUUUUUCCAGAGGGCUUCAAAUCUCAUCAAGUUGAAGGCAUAGUGGCUGCUUUAUUUGGUCUCUCAUGGAUUUUGAAAGAUUUGUGGAGGUUACUGUCGAUGCACAACAAGCUAAUGAAACGCUACGAGAAAGAGUUGAAGACCAACACUACACACACAGAGACUAUUGCAGCGUUAAACCUUAGAAUUCAAGACUUGGAAAAUCAGCUGCAUCGCUCCAGAGAGCAAGUUCAUCGUUUGGAGAAGUUACUGACCCCUAAUGGUCGCAGGAGGCGGGCUGGGAGCCGCUCACAUAGUGCCUCACCUUUCACAAAUUCCCAAGAGUUCCAACGUUUGAAGAAAGAAAGAGACCAGCUGGCUAAGGACAAGAAGAGACUCAAGAAGGAGUUACAGGGGCUGGAUGAGGGCUUCUUUGAUGAAAUUGAGGACCUGAAAUACGCCCUGCAGCAGUCGGCCAAGCUGAACAAGGAAUACGAGAAGGCACUCCGACGAACUUGCAAACAGUUUGGUGUUCCGUACCCAAUGAGCAGUGAUGACGUCAGAGUGGCAUCUCCACACACAAGAGCCAGGCCGAGAUGACAAUCCUGAUUCUAGAUUGGAUUUUAGGUAGACAGAGGGUUGACUCGGACUGUGUCUGCUCACAGUAUGGUGCUAUUUAAGGACAAGGAAUAGCUCCUUGGCUAUGCUGCCUG